AUGGCCAUUGAACUGGGUAAACAAGCUCUGGCAGCAACACCCGACAAUCAUGCAAGGAAGGGAUCCAUUCUACUCAGCUUGGCCGAGUUCCUUCAUCUACAAUUCGACAGAAAUGAUGAUGAUAAAUAUUUCGAAGAGUCUCUGAAAUAUCUAAUUGAUGGUGCAGAGUUCUCUCAUUCACCGCCCACGCUUGGAAUUAAGUCGGCGACACUGGCUGGCAUAAUGUUGGCUACUAAAGACGAUUGGAGAGAAGCAAGUCGUAUUACAGAGCUGGAUGUGAACUUUUUACCAACAGUGGCUCCUCGCUAA